UCAACAAUUGAUGACUGGCAAAUGAAGAUGAUGGGAGUACAUGGAGAUGGCUGAGAUGACCGGGAGAAUCCGUGACCGGGGAGAAGAAGCGAUUGAAGAAGACUGGAAAGAUUUUAAAAUAUAUUUGAAAAAAUAUGCUAAAAUUGUAUAUUAAGAUUAGAUUUAAGAUUGUCUAGAAGCUGUGGAUUUAGAGAAUAUGUGAAGUAGUUAGAGGGAUGAAAGAAUUGAAGCAUUAUGAAAUUUGUAUAAAAAUGUAUAAGAAAUUGCUAAAGAUAAAAAUGAAAUGAAACGCAGACUGAUGGAACCCAAGGAGGUCCCUAUAUACAUUGUUAAGGGAACAAAUUAUAAAUUAUACAUUAUUAUUAAAAAUAAAAAAAGAUAAUGAGCAUUUGUUCUGCAUUCAUCUUCGGAUGCUUGCAGAAUGUCUACCUGCCUUCCGGUGUGUCGUUUGUUCAUCUCAGUACAUUUCCCCCAUUGCUUUCCAAAUUGCAAAAAGAAGAAGAAGUGGAUUUGCUGUUUUUCUGGUACGCACUGGAAUCCCUCCUGCAGAAUACUGAGCCCAGAGGCACCUCAGUCAGGAGCUACAAUUCUUUGGCUUCCGAUUUGUUGCCCUGCACACUUUAUGCUUAUUACAGAAUAGAAACUCUAACCCCUGACCCUGCUCUUUGGUGGCAUUGUGGGGGCAAAACCCCUGAAGCCUUUCCUACCAAACUGCUUAUACUGGGAGCAGAUUCAGCAGCCUAGAAUCACAGAGCUGCAGAGUUGGAAGGGACCCCCGAGGGUCAUCUAGUCCAACUCCCUGCAAGGCAUGAAUAUCAGCUCAAGAAUCCCUGACAGAUGGCAAUCCUUAAAAAAACACUUUUUUGGAGUCUGUUCUGAAAAUGAACAGCACUUGGGAUUCGACCACACACUUCUGUGCUUUCUUAGGCACGGAUAUGAGAGGUUUCACUUUUGAUCUGCCACUUUCCCUGGGAAAAUCUGUUUGCCACUGAAUCGGAACAAAUGUCAAACUGCAGAAAACCCAACUGAUCUUUGUUAUGAUUCAGAAGGAAACAGUAGGUUUGGGGAAAGCAGCAAGGCAAAAGGAGAACCUCUCAGACCCAGGCCUAGGAAGCGUGGGACGAGCAGAAAUGUGGAUGAGAUCUCAGAAAGUUAUUCCUAGUGCUCAGUCGGAAUCUCAUUUCUUUGCCAUUUGAAUCCAGCGGCUCGGUUCCUACCCUCUGGAGGAGCAGAAACCAAGUUUGCUCCACGAAACAAUCUGCCUGUUGCUUUUCCUCUCCCCCUCUUGGCAAUUGUGCUAUAUAAAGGACUGAAAAUAUUGGCUGCAAUACCUCGACAGCCAAAGUUAAUGAAACAUACUUUUAGGCUCGUAAUUUGGAGUCGCCCCCCAACCCCCGGCUGCCUUUGUGGUUUGGGAGGAGGGCAAAGUUUGUUUUUGUUUUGAUGCAAAUCAAAAGCUUGAACCUUACCUUGAAUUCACCAGAUCUGUGAACCCCCAGGUCUGUUUUCAAGUGUCAAGACACUACUGUGAGAUAUCCAGGCUGGAGAGAAAAACUGGCUUCUUUUGCUUUGUUUUCAAAGCUGUGAAAAUGGCUCCUUUCUCUGUGAUCCUGCUGCUUCACCUGGUGGGAGUAUUCCCAGGAGACCUUCAGGUCCUCUGUUUCCCCAUCCAAAGGAGAGACCUCUUCCCCAUCAAAGUGUCCCCACUCGACAUGGCCUUGACCGCUUUCGAUGACCAGUACAAGGGAUGUGCGGAGCAGAUGGAAGUUGAGCUGGCCGAGCUGAACCGCACGGAGUUCGCCCAAAACAGAGUCUACGCUGAGGCCUGGGAAGAGGCCUCUUCUCAGUGGGAGGAGAGGAAAACCUCUUUGCCUGCAGGGUUCAAGCCCGAGUACGUCAUCGCCAUCAUGGCUUACACCAUCCAAGGGCGCCUCCACAGGGAUUUCAAUGCAGCCGUGAGGGAAGCCGGGCGCACGAGAGACUCUUACCUCAACAACUUCAACUUCAAGACCCUUCACUUCCUCCUGACCAGGGCCCUCCACGCCUUGGGGACCACCUCUCGCCCCAGGUGCCAAAAGGUGUACCGCGGGGUGCGGAACAUCCGCUUUGUCUCCGAGCGCCUCAAGGCGGUCCGGUUUGGGCACUUCACGUCCUCGUCGCUAAAGAACGAGAGCGCCCUGCAGUUCGGCACGGACACCUUUUUCACCAUCGAGACCUGCUACGGGGUCAACAUCAAGAACUUCUCCUUCUUCCCCGGUGAGGAAGAGGUCCUCAUCCCACCGUUUGAGAAGUUCAAGGUGGCCAACUUCACCAAAGCCAAGGAGACGACUUACAUCCAGCUCCUCUCCCUCGAAGACUCCAGCGUCCACAACUGUGUCUUUGUGAAAGGUGCAAGUCAGAGCCAUCUCUCUGCUAGUGUCCAAAUGUCCUUCUUUCUCUGGGGUUGCCUCCUCCUUGCUGGCACCCUGGCACCCCCAGGCCUCCUCUGAUCUCCAUAAUCAAACCUCUGCCUCUCCUCCAUCCUUCGCAUAGUCCGCUCCUGGGGAAGCAAAGCAGGAGCAAAUCGAGAGAUUUGAAGGGCCGUUGCAUUGAAGAGGGAGCAUGCUGUUUGUUUUCUCCUGCUCUGGAGGGUAGGACCCCAAACAAUGGCUUCAGGUUACAAGAAAGGAGAGUCCGACUCAACAUCAGGAAGAACUUUCUGACAGCAAGGGUUGUUUGGCAGUGGAACAAUCUCCCCUGGGAGGUUGUCAACGCUCCUUCCUUGGAGGUUUUUAAGUAGAGGUUGGAUGGCCGUCUGUCCUGGAUGAGAUCCUUGCGUUGCAGGGGGUUGGACUAGAUGUCAUAGAAUCAUAGAGUUGGAAGAGACCACAAGGGCCAUCCAGUCCAACCCCCUGCCAAGCAGGAAACACCAUCAAAGCAUUCUUGACAUAUGCCUGUCAAGCCUCCGCUUAAAGACGUCCAAAGAAGGAGACUCCACCACACUUCUUGGCAGCAAAUUCCACUGUCGAACAGCUCUUACUGUCAGGAAGUUCUAUUGUACUUUUGGCUGGUGGGUACUUGAUACAUGUUUGCCUAUGCUAAUCUUAUACCCGUGUUUCUCCAAAAAUAAGACACCGUCUUUUAUUUUUCCUCCAAAAACACACACACUAUGGCUUAUUUUCAGGGGAUGUCUUAUUUUUUUCCCUCCUCCUCCUGCCGCGGCCGGCAUUGCUGCUGCGCCUAUCACUAUUUUUGGGGUAUGGCUUAUAUUCCUUGAAUGCUUAAAAAUCCUGCUGUGGCUUAUUUUAUGGCUACAUCUUAUUUUUGGAGAAACAGGGUACUUAUACUCUUGCUGAGACUCCCCUGGACUGCAAGAAGAUCAAACCUAUCCAUUCUUCAGGAAAUCAGCCCUGAGUGCUCACUGGAAGGACAGAUCCUGAAGCUGAGGCUCCAAUACUUUGGCCACCUCAUGAGAAGAGAAGAAUCCUUUGAAAAGACCCUGAUGUUGGGAAAGAUUGAGGGCACGAGGAGAAGGGGACGACAGAGGACGAGAUGGUUGGACAGUGUUCUCGAAGCUACGAACAUGAGUUUGACCCAACUGCGGGAGGCAGUGGAAGACAGGAGUGCCUGGCAUGUUAUGGUCCAUGGGGUCACAAAGAGUCGGACACGACUAAAUGACUAAACAAUAAUCUUAUACUUGGGUGUUGCCCUGACAUUUCUGUCUAUGCUAAUCUUGUGUAACCCUCCCCUUUUGUGACAUGUUAGUGAUGUAGCAAUGAUGUAUUGCUGAUGCUGUGCGAACUGUUUUCUGGGAUAUGGUGGGAAAGUUGUAAAAGUCAAUGUUGCCCCAUGCUCAAGGUUCUUGCUGCUGUAUGAACCUGUUGUGCAUCAUCAAUAAAGGAUCUAAGUCUACUUGGCUGGAAUUUCCUUCUUUUACUGAGCACAUGGACCCGCGGGGGACUUGCACCCCGACCUCUCAACCCAGAAUUUUCCUUAACACGAUUGAUCCUAAAGAUAACCCCGUCUCUGCUGACAUUUGUUCCAAGGAAAUCAAAGAUGACCUGCAACCCCAGGAGUCUCUCUGCUCAGAGACAGGGGGAGUGUGUAACUACAAACACACACACACCACAAUCAUUUGUGCCUGUGUUCCUAAUAGGUAACCAAGUGUGAAGGGUGUGUUUUAUCAACAGCCCUCCUGGGAAUAAGGAAAGGCAACCUCCAUUGACUCAAAGAAGACACAAGGAAAUCUGCUCAAGUGUCCCAUGAGGUCUGUGGGGCCCUUAAAGAAAAAGGAGCCAUUUCUGUGCCCUGAGCCCCCAGGUCAGCAGGCCUCCCUGCGAAUCCUGCGGAGCUGAGCUCCCCGUCUUCUCCAGGGCCACUUGGCAGAAAGCCAAACCAUUGCAAUCAACCAAUCUGAAAAGAUACUCUUUUUCUUUCUCGUUUAUUGCUUCACUUAAAACAUAAGUAUAAAGUACAUAAAAAUAAUGACAUAAAUGUGGAGGAGAAAUCUAAAAUAUUCUAUCCUAUUUUUUUCUGCAUUAUUUAAUCUCUCUGUAUAGCGGUUUGUCUCCCCCAAAAUUAAGAUGAAACAGGCAUGACAAUGCCAUUGGGCCACUUUGCAUACAGCCUUGAAUAUUUGCUUUAUGAACAACAACUGCAGUUUAACAUGAAGAAGCGACAUUUGUUGGAACUUCCCUUCCUGGAGAAAUGAGCCCGGGUCCUUCCUUGGGGUCUUUUGGCCGGCAGGUCAAGACUCCCUUGUCCCAAGAGGCUUUUGGGAAGUGACGGCUUUGCAUGAAAGCGCUGGUGACAUGCUGCUUCUGUGGUAAUGUUCUAUGUGCUUCCAAUAUACCAGAUAUAUCUAUGAAUUACAUUAAUAUGUAAUGGUUUCUUAAAUUAUUACACUUUCCCCAUGUUGUCAGGGGGUUGUUGCGGCUACUCGCGAGUAAAGGCGCUCCAGUCCGUUCUGUCUUCAAGAGUUUUAUUGUGCAUCUUAUUUACAGUGCAGAGGUAACAGAGAACAUGACUGCCUAGUCACUUUCAGAACUCGGCAAUGGCGCCCGUCUGUUUCUGUGCCAGCAUAAUAAGCAAACAGUCUGUGAGCACCUAGAAAGAAACGCUGUGAACACUAAAAGUCAGCAUGGGUUUCUGAAAAAUAGGUCAUGUCAGACUAAUCUGAUCUCAUUUAUCGACAGAAUUACAAGCCUGGUAGAUGAAGGGAACGCUGUGGAUGUAGCCUAUCUUGAUUUCAGCAAGGCCUUUGACAAGGUGCCCCAGGAUAUUCUUGUAAAGAAGCUGGUAAAAUGCGGGCUAGACAAUGCUACCAUUCAGUGGAUUUGUAACUGGC